AAGGUGUGUUCACGGAACCUCGGACAGGACAGCGCAGCCGCGUUCUCUCACGCCACAGCUCGGUGAUUUUCUGUCCGAAGCUCGUCCACUUCACGCAACAUUGACCCAGAGCAGUUCACUCCCUCGCAGCCUCCCCCCCCUCGCAGGCCGGUUGCCUAUGCAGAGCAGCAUGAGAGCGAUGAGGAGAAACAGUUUCGUAGAGUUUUCCAGCAGCUAGCUGGUGAUGACAUGGAGGUGAGCCCGGCUGAGCUGAUGAACAUCCUCAACAGGAUAAUUGGGAAACAUGCAGACCUGAAGACCGAUGGUUUCACCAUCGAGUCCUGCAGGAGCAUGGUGGCAGUCAUGGACAGCGACAGCACAGGAAAACUGGGCUUCCAUGAAUUUAAACAUCUCUGGGACAAUAUUAAAAGGUGGCAGGGCGUGUACAAGACCUGUGACAGCGACCAAUCCGGUGUCAUCAGUGCGUCUGAGCUGCCCGGCGCUUUCAGAAAAGCUGGGUUCCCUCUGAACGACCAGAUCUUCCAGAUGAUCAUCCGCAGAUACAGUGAUGAAAACGGCAACAUGGACUUUGAUAACUACAUCGGCUGCCUGGUCAGGCUCGAUGCCAUGUGCCGUGCGUUCAAGACCCUGGAUAAGGACAACAACGGGACUAUCAGAGUCAACGUUCAGGAGUGGCUUCAGCUGACCAUGUACUCCUGAGUCCCAGAGAGACCCUGCCCCCGCCCCCUGCUUGUUUUCUGAAACCACUUUAUCUAUCCACACACCACUUUACAGUCCCUGGAGCUGAAAUAUGUAGGUUUAUAGUACAAGUUCACUCAGCACUCUUCAGUUAGACGCUUGUUUUAGGUCUGAACAGGACUGGAGCCUACGUGAGUCUGGUACGGUCUGGUUUUUACCCUGGUCCGCUUCAAGAAGUCUGACUUUAACACAUGAGAGAAGGAAAGACUCAGCAGCUGCACCGCUCUGAUGAUUAUUAGAAUUAUUGUGUAACUUCACUCCUUGCCACACCAACCAUGGCUUUUCCACAACGUUUAUAGUUUUCGUAGAAAGUUCAGCUGGUACACGCAGCGGAGGCAGGUCACACAGGUAUUUCCACCUGUUCAGAUCUGUCUCUGAGCUCUGUGGGUGUGCUCAGGCUCAGUGGGUGUGGCUUUCUUUGUAUUUCCUCUCCUUGUAAAACCACAGCGUUCAGCCUCGCCCUGCAGCUCCUACAGCCGUUUUUUAAAUUUUUUUUAUGAGUUUGUGCCACAAAAACAGAACCUGUUUGUCGUGAUGUGGACCCCACGAAGAUGGAGACAGGUCCUGUUCUGUUGAAACCCACUGCUGUCUGGGAGGAGGUCCUCACAACUCACUGUUUAAAGUCACCUCAUGUUUCUUUAGCAAAUGUUCAAUAUGUGCAAAAAGCAACGGCCAUGUUUGGAAGCUGGUAGCACUUAAGUCUUUUUCUUUCAGCUUCCUGUUGUCACUGUAAACACAAUGCAGUUGUCUUGCUCCAGGUUCAGCACAGUGUGUGUUCAGAUUUAUUGAUGUGUGCCACUAAUGCAUGUAGCCACAGGGGGAAAUGGGAUUUUAAAAGCUUUUAUGAAUACUUACUGCACUAGCCUUUUAAACCGUUACUGAAUGUGCUUCUGUCUAAUGCGUGUGCCAUUUUUUGAAAUAAAGCUGAAUUAAUGGAU